GUUGCCGCCGCUCCAUAAUGCAGUGUUCUCGUCACGGCGUCUGGAAAGAGGACGGAAAGGAAAGAUGGCUGCCACUGUGUUAGCCACAUCUGUACACCUUCUUGCUUCUACUGUGGGAUAUUGAAGCAAAGCUGUCAUGGAGAAGCAGAGAACGCAGCUGACUCCAGAGCAAGAUGCCCUGGAGCACAUAGUUGCUUGCAGAGACAAACCCUUCCUGGAGGAAAGGUUUAUAGACUCCUUUAAAGGGAGAGGAGUGUUCACCCACAAAUCUAUUGAACCAUCCAUGUUUGUUGUUGAAUAUCGGGGGAACAUCUUUUCUCACAAAGACACAACACCUAAGAAGAAAUGUGGUGAUACUCUGAAUGAUUUUUUGUUUCAGUUUUCAUGGAAAGGAGCACAGUGGUGCGCUGAUGCCUCGAAAGAGGACAGGACCCUAGGACGACUCGUGAAUGACGAUCACAUAAGUCCCAACUGUGAAAUGAAGAAGAUCUUCUGUGAGGGAAAACCACACCUGUGCCUGUUUGCAGUUACAGAAAUAUCUCCGGGCGAGGAGAUAACUUACAACUAUGGGGACUCAUCUUACCCGUGGCGAUCAAAGGCGUCCUAUGAUGGAUCGAGUAGUUCGUACUCAGACUUUUAUGCUACUUCAUCAACACCAAAGAAUGAAAGGCUUGAAGACUCGUCGGCUUCCAGCUUUGAAAAUUCCUGCUCUGAUGAUGACAACGAACUAGCUGACAGUGGACCAAGUCAUAGCAAUGAAAUCAACAGUCAGCUGGAUAUCAGGGACAACUCACCUUUUGCUUCAUACGUUCAGCAGGAAGACGAAGCCGCCUUAAGCUCUGAUGAACUCGGCUGGGAUGGAGACCACAGCUCCAGCGAGGCUACACCAAACCUCAGAGGCCCUUCUCGCACCAGUAAAAAUUACUGUUACGUUUGCGGGAAAGCUGUUGCUAAAAUUUCUCGUCAUCUUUUAAGGCAUGCUGAUGAACAGCCUGAUAUCGCUGAAGCUUUGGCGUUGCCCAAAACCUCCAACGAUCGAAAGAAGUUAUUUGACGAAUUACGUAACCGGGGAAAUUACCAACAUAAUCAAGAGGUUUUGAAGAACAACAGCGGAGAGUUAAAACUGAGAAGACGACCGAAAACCGCGGUGAUCAGUACUAAAACACAUGCGCAUUGUCCACAUUGUAAAGGCAUGUAUGGACGUAAGAAGAUGUGGAGGCAUGUAGCCCGCUGUCCUUCUAGGACAACAACAGACUCUGCAACAGGCGACAAGACAAGAGUUUUAGGCGAGUCACCAUUCUCCAAAGGAAUUCCAGCUGUAGUGUACAAGAUGCUCUCAGCUAUGAAACAAGAUGAGAUUGCAGCUGCAGUUCAAAAUGAUUUCCUUCUAAGACGGCUGGCACAGUAUCUGUCCGAGACGUAUGGAAAUAAUCCACGUAAACACGAUUACAUCAGACAGAGGCUGCGAGAAAUGGGAAGACUUUUGUUAACACUUCAUGAAAAGUCCAUAUUGAGCUUCGAAGAUGCUAUCAAACCCGAAAACUUCUGCAAAACUGUUGAGGCCGUUAAAGACAUCGCUGGUUUCGAUAAAAAGAUGCAGAGCUAUAACAAGCCAAGUCUUGCUUUGAAAUUAGGACAUUCAUUGAAAAAAAAUGUGCACCAUUGUCCUCACCGGAGCUGAUGGCAACGAGCAGACGAUGAGAGACGCAAAGACAUUCAUUAAACUGUGUGAAAAAGAAUGGUCUGAACUUGUCUCCCUCACAGCCCUCGCUUCGUUGGGUGGACGAAAAGUAAACAAACCGUCUACCAUACCAUUCACACGGGAUGUUCAGGUGUUCUACAGGUACCUGGAAACAGCAUCAGCUUCUGCCAGUGAAAGCCUGAAGAAGUAUGAAAGCCCGCAGGUCUACAGUGCACUCUGUAGGGUGACACUGGCACAAACAUCCAUCUUAAGCAAAUGUGCACCUGAGGUUUCAAAAAUGACACUGAAGACAUUCCAGGAGAGAAACUACUCGACCCAAGUGUUGUCCAAGCACUUCAUCAGGAUAAAUAUUGUGGACAGGACUGGCCAAAACGUUGCUGUCUUGUUGACCUCUGAACUUGUCAGUGCAAUGACGCUUCUCGUGAACAAGAGAGAAGUAUGUGGCGUACACAUGGACAAUCCUUUCUUAUUUGCAAAGCCAAACUCUUCUCCAACAAGCCUCUACCACGGAACGAACUGCAUCAGGGCCUUUUCAAGUCUGUGUCGUGCAAAGAACCCAGAGCAUUUCAGGUCAGUGCAUCUUCACAAGCACAUCGCAAGAGUCUUCCAGAUUCUCAACCUGGAGAACGACGAGCUCGAUCACCUCGCUAAACUGUUGGGCCAUGACAUCCGGGCCGACAGGGACUAUUAUCGACUGCCAGAGGCAGCUGUGGAACUUGCAAAAAUAUCGAAACUUCUUCUGGCAAUGGAAAAGGGUUCUCUUGAAAGAUUCAAAGGAAACUCUCUGGAGGAAAUUGAGAUUGAGGAUGAAUUGGAGCCAGAUGUGGAGCAGGGCAACCCUGAAAACUGUGAUGCUGAGGAGGAUGAUGAAGACUCUAAUCUUUUACUUCAGCAGAGCGAUGCUGCGGAACAACAAGGCAGGCAACAAACUCCUGAGCAAGAUGCCCUGGAGCACAUAAAGGCUCGCAUAGACAAACCCUUCCUGGAGGAAAGGUUUAUAGACCCCUUUAAAGGGAGAGGUGUGGUUACCCAUGAAUCCAUUGAACCAUCCGCCUUCGUUGUUGAGUAUCGGGGGAACAUUUUCUCUCACAGAGAAACUAGGAAAAAGAAGUGCGGUGAUACUCUGAAUAAUUAUUUGUUUGACUUCUCAUGGAAUGGAACAAAGUGGCGCGUUGAUGCUGCGAACGAGGACGGAACCCUCGGGAGACUCGCGAAUGACAAUCACACAAGUCCCAACUGUGAGAUGAAGAUUAUAGUCUGUGAGGGCAAACCACACUUGUGUCUGUUCGCAGUGACAGAAAUAUCUCCGGGUGAGGAGAUAACGUACAACUACGGGGACUCAUCUUACCCGUGGCGCUCAAGGGAAUCCAGUGAGGAAGUGAAUACAUCACAAAUAGACCGAAAUGCUGCUGCAUCUUCAUCAGAGGACGAAAGUGCUGAGGACUCAGCAGGGCCCUCCAGUUCUGCAGCAUCCUCCUGUGAGCAACAACCCAUCGAUGCUUCAUGCAUCGAGCAGGAGGACGAGGCUGAUUACAGCUCUGAUGAUUCUACCUCUGAACAGCCCAAAGACCCCUCCUUCACCAACAGAAACUAUUGUUACGUUUGCGGGAAUCCUCAGUCUAAAAUUUCUCGUCACCUUUUCACCCAUAGAAAUGAAGAACCUGACAUAGCUGCGGUGUUGAGAUUACGCGUAAACUCUAAAGAACGGAAAGCGCUACUGGAGAAGUUGCGAGACAGAGGAAAUAUCCAACAUAAUCGAGAGGUUUUGAAGACUCGUCGUGGACAACUGAAAGUGAAAAGAAGAAACGCAAACGUGCCCAUCACUGCUAAAACUUUUGCAUCCUGUAUAUAUUGUAAUAGCAUGUACGUUCGCAAGGACAUGUGGCGACAUAUGCAAAAGUGUUCUGCAAAGAAACUCUCAGAACCUCUACCACGCAAGACUAAAGUCUCAUCUUUGGUCGUUGCUGCAGAGUUAACAGACCCCCAAAACCUCUCUUCAGAUGUGACCAACAUGUUAAACACACUGAAGAAAGAUGAGAUUUCAUCUGAAGUCUGGAAUGAUUCCUUUCUGCUGCAGCUGGCACAGUCUCUGUACCCUUUGAAUGAAAAAAAGACCAUCAGACCGAGGCUGAGGCAUAUGGGACAACUCCUGUUAACGUUAAAGAAAAAGUCGAUAUGUAGCAUUGAAGAUGCCAUCAAACCCCAAAACUUCAGCAAAGUUGUUGAAGCUGUGAGAGAGCUCACUGGCUUCAAUGAAGAGAAGAAGUCCUGUGACAGACCGAGUAUUAUGAAGAGUAUGGGAAAUUCUCUCAAGAGAAUUGGUGACAUUAACUUCGCCAGAGCUUGGAAAGAGGGUGCUGAUAGUGAGACGAUACAUGAAGCAGAGACAUUUAUGAAGUUGUGUGAGAAAGAAUGGGGCCAGGCCCCAAAAUCAAAAGCAAAGCUGCCAACUGUACCGUUCAUACAUGACGUGCAGCUUUUUUAUGGGUGCAUGGAGGAGACAGCAGAUUCUGCAGUAGAAAGUCUGACGAUGUACGGAAGCUCUCCGGUCUAUACUGCGCUUCUCAGAGUAACAGUUGCACAAGUGUCAGUCUUAAACGAAGACACGGCCGAAGUUUCAAGAGCAACUCUCAAGUCAUUUGAGGAACGGGACGAGACCGAGCUUCACGAAGACGCUGAUGUUAGCCAGUCACAGUUGGACCAAAUUCUGUCCAAGCACAUCGUGAAGAUCAACGUUAUGAGCGACAGCGGCCAAAAAGUUGCGGUCACGUUGACCUCUAAACUGCUCAGUGCAAUAGCACUGCUUGUGAACAAGAGGGAAGCGUGUGGUGUACAUGAAAAUAAUCCCUUCUUAUUUGGAAGACCUGAUGGAUCAUGUACAAGCUUCUACCACGGACACCAGUGCACCAGGACUUUUGCAGCUCGUUGUCGUGCAAAGAACACGGCGAACGUCCGGUCUGUGCUUUUUCAUAAGCACAUUGCGAGAGUUUUCCAGAUUCUCAGCCUCACGGAUGACGAGCUUGAUCAGCUAGCCAAGCUGUUGGGCCGUGACAUUCAGACGGACAGAGAGUAUUAUCAGACGCCAGAGGCAGCUGUCGACAUUGCAAAAAUCUCAGAGCUAGUAUCAGCUAUGGAGAAUGGAUCUCUUGAAAGAUUCGAGGGGAAAUCUCUCGAGGAAAUUGAGAUUCCAGAUGAAUUGGAACCGGUUGUCGAGCAGGACAGCCCCGAAAACUGGGAGGAGGAAGCUGAGGAGGACAAUGAAGAAUCAGAGGCUUCUUUUCUGCUGCGCGGUCUUCCCUACACAAAAGGCUCAUUUUCGGUAAAAAAAAAACCCCUCCAGAGUUUCUCUCUCGAGGAAACGUCGCAGUGGCCGGAGCAAGAGGCGGAAGAGUGAAAACGAGGCACCUGAGCUGAAUGAUGAGAAAAACG